UUCCCCAGAAAACACCCCACCCCACACUGGCCAAACCACUUAACAGGUUGGUGAGGAGGUAGGUAGGACUAAGCAUCAAAUAAUCUAUAAAAACCCAAUAUUCAUACUGCAACAAUAAGAAGAAAAAAACAAAAAAAAUGGCUUCUUCACCUACUGUUCAACACAUCUCAGAUUGUUUCAUCAAGCCACUUUACUAUCCAGAAGAAUCUAAAAAGCCAGUUUAUCUAUCAUCAUGGGAUCUAGCCAUGCUUUCAGUGCAAUAUAUCCAAAAAGGUCUCCUUUUCACUAAGCCUUCAUCUUUUCAACUUGAACCUCUAUUACAAAACCUUAAAGAAUCCUUAUCAAUCACCCUUGUCCAUUUUUACCCACUAGCUGGUCAUUUUUCUACACUAAAACAAGAAAAUCCUCAUAUUUACACUGUGUUUAUUGACUGUGUUAACGCCCCUGGUGCCAGAUUUAUCCAUGCUAAUCUUGAUUUAACAAUUUCUGAUAUACUUUCUCCAAAAGAUGUGCCUUUAGUGGUCCAAUCAUUUUUUGACCAUGAUAGAGCUGUUAACCAUGAUGGGCAUGAAUUAUCUUUGUUAACUAUUCAGGUAACUGAAUUAAUUGAUGGGGUUUUUAUUGGCUGCUCAAUUAACCAUGCUGUAGCUGAUGGUGCUUCUUUCUGGCAUUUUUUCAACUCUUUCUCUGAAGUCUUCAAAGCCAAUAAUGAACAGAAACAAAGCAUUAUUCCUAUUUCUAAAUCACCUACUUUUAACCAUUGGUUCCCAGAAGGAAAAGGACCAUUUAUUAAUCUACCUUAUACUCACCAUGACCAAUUUAUUAGUAGAUAUGAAGCCCCACAAAUGACGGAAAGAUUUUUCCAUUUCUCAGCAAAGUCUUUAAAGAAACUCAAAGCAAAAGCCAAUGAAGAGUGUAAUACUACCAAGAUUUCAUCUUUACAAGCUUUGUCAGCUCUUAUGUGGAGGUGCAUAACAAGGGUUAGAAAAUUCCCAUCUGAUCAAAUGACAAGUUGUAGAAUGGCUACUAAUAAUAGAGCAAGAUUAGAGCCACCAUUGCCAGAACACUAUUUUGGGAAUUGCAUACAACCUGUAAGAGGAAUUUCCUCCGCGGGUGAAGUUCUUGGUAAUAACCUUGGUUGGGCAGCUUGGAAAUUGCAUCAAGCUGUGGUUAAUCAUAAGGAUAAGGAAAUUCGUGAAUGGGUUGAAAAACUGGAAAGUGGUAUGGUUUAUGAGUUAAGGGGAUUUUUUGAUCCUUUUAGUGUUAUGAUGGGGAGUUCACCAAGAUUUAAUAUGUAUGGGAAUGAAUUUGGAUUGGGAAAAGGAGUGGCACUUAGAAGUGGAUAUGCACAUAAGUUUGAUGGGAAAGUUACUUUAUAUGAAGGGAUUGAAGGUGAUGGUAGCAUGGAUUUGGAAGUGUGUCUUUUACCUGAUUUCAUGGCUUCUCUUGAAUCUGAUCAGGAGUUCAUGGAUAGCUUGUCAAGUUAAUUUAGGUGCUGUUGUUUUGGGGAAUUUUUGCUUUUCCUAAUUGAUGUAUGGUCAAUGUUGAUCAGUUUGACUCUGGGGGUUUGAUUUUGUCCAAGAAUUAAA